AUGCAGAAUUUAAAACUUGUGGCUAUAGGAGAUGGCGGAGUAGGAAAGUCGUCCUUUCUAAUUUGCGCUACAACUAGUCAUUUUCCAAGUGACUAUGUUCCUACAGUUUUUGAUAACUACAGCGUAGAUCUCGUAGUAAACAGUUCUCCUUGCUCGAUUUCUCUUUGGGAUACAGCAGGGCAAGAAGACUACGAUCGUCUGAGGUUUCUCGCUUAUCCUGGAACUGAUGUAUUUGUUGUGUGUUUUGAUGUUGUAAAUCGAAGUUCAUUUGAAAACGUGAGCGAGAAAUGGAUUCACGAAGCGCGCUACUAUGUACCCGAGACUCCAAUCCUCCUGAUGGCAACGAAGACGGAUCUUCGAAACAGCAGGUGUGUUAAGCCUUUUCCUCAACAACGCACGAUUUUAGUCUACCUUUCACAGGAACUCUUUAUCAAAAUAACACCUGGCGGAUAGGUUUGUGGUGUAGUGCGUAGUUACAUGUAGGGGAGUUAGUUACACCUGUUCACUUCCUGUUCGACCUUACGUGUCAGUGGUAUGGAGGGGGGGGGGAGUUGGUAUAGGGGGUAUGCUCCCUUGUAUGUGCAGAGAUGGGCUUCCAGGCAGAGCAUGGUAUUCGGCCCUCUUAACGAGGUGAAGCAUGUUUCUCUGCCUGCUGGGAGAGGCAAGUUGGGUGAUAUUUUCUAGGGGUCUGGCACUUGUAAUUGAUAUUGCUUAACCCUUGAAGCCCCUCGUCAGCUUGUGAUGUGUACGGUCUUAUACUUUCCUGCAGGGAAAGAAAAACUUGUGCCAAAGGGCUAAUAUGAAAGUGAGGGUCUGCUUUCAGGCUAUUGCUGAGUGAAUCUGGAGAACUGAGAAUUCACAUAUUUUGCAGAUGAAAGAAAAUCCUUUUCACUAAUGUUCAAUAUCUUUCUUGUCAACAGUAAUGCAGAUGACAGGUCCACCGUGUCUACAAGGGAAGGAAUGGCUCUUGCUGAAACUCUUGGUGUGUCAUAUGCAGAGUGUAGCUCCCUAACAAACACUGGAGUGCAGGAAGCUCUGAAUAAAGCUGCAGAAAUGGCUGUUAGUUUUCAUACCCAGAGCAAAAGAUCAACCGCAAGAGUUUUGGGCUUCUUUAAAAGGAAAAACAAAAAUUCCAUGUCAGCUCAGGAUCAGGAAAUUUUUCCCCCUCAACUGCCACCAGCAGGUAUUAAAAGUUAUAUCCUCUGUAGUAGUUGGUGACACACUAAACAAUUCUUUGAUUUUGUAUUUGAGUUGUAAAGUACAUGCAUCCAUAGAUAAUAUUGUUUGAUCAACUGAGUUCACAAUGUAACUAGUUCCUAUACUGACAUUUCAAGAGUUAGCCCUUAGUCUCUGCUGACUAGUGUUUCUUGCUGAGUUUCCACAUAGAGCUCUACUUGCUGCUUGCAUGUGGUUUCACAGUAUUAUAAAUAUUCAUCUUUAUUAAUGCUACUUAUUUUUCAUGGUCAAUGGCUGUUUUUAACAGUGAGAAUAUUACAUGGUUGCUAUUUUCUUUUUGCAGGUUUUGCUCCCCAUGUGGAGGUACUCAGCUCAACAUUUGCCAGUGAAUGGGAUUCUAUGUUGUCUGACACAAUGAGUGCAGAUGUCAGAUUUGUAUUCUCUGAUGGUGAGUCCCUUGAAGCUCAUAGAACUGUUCUUGUUGCAGCCUCCUCCAUCUUCAAGAAUGUUUUACUCGGAGAAAUGUCUGCAAACCAUGAAUCUUUCCAGUACAUCUUUGAAGAUGUUUCAUGGAUUUGUGAUGGAGAAAGGAACUGCCCAAAUCUUCCUCAUAUCGAAGGGAAAUGCCAGGGCAAAGGUAGAACUGUAAUAAGGUUGCAUGAGAGCAUUACUAAAGGCAUUUUCUCUGAGGUGUUGUCCUUCCUUUACACUGGAUUGCCUAGUGUAACAGAUGAUAAAGACAAAAAUUUUAUCACAGAAAUUCAAGAUGCUGCCAAGAAAUUUCAGUUGACAUGGUUGAUAGAUACCUGUACAAACAUUCUGUCAGGAGAUUCUUUCCUUAAUCCAAGUAUUGGCACAUGGCUGAAUGAUAACACGGGACAAACAGCUAAAAAUUUGUUUCUGAACAAGCCAUUUUUAGCUGAUGUCAAGUUCUGUGUUGAGGGCACCAUUGUUUAUGGACACAAGUUGAUAUUAAAAUCAAGGUCAGAGGUCAUGGCAGCCAUGUUGGGUGGGGCCUUUAGAGAGAGUGACUUAGAUACAGAGGUAAGCAUAUGUUUAAUAGCUUGUUGGUUCCAGGUUUACAGUUAUUUGAGCAGAAAAAAAGAUGUUCCCUAACCUACAGUACAGACUGAGAAAACUAGGUUAACCCUAUACACCCUAACAUCAAUAUAUAUAUUCUCCAUCCUGUUUUCUAAACAUUUCCUAAGAUGGUGACAAGGAGAAUUUGUUUAACAAUGAGCCUCUUUAGUUGGUGAUCAGUUCCUUUAUUCUCCUGACCUUAAUGUUUGAUUCUGGGGUGAUAUAGUAAGGAGAAAUUAGAUGCCAGUCACUCUUAGGGGUUAAAGGGUCAAAGUAAUAUAUUAUGUCUCUGGGCUCAAAUGGAGGGGAGAAGAUUUAAAUGGAAGAAAAACUUUUCAGUUGAAUAAGUCAGACAGUGAAAUACAGCCUACUAAAAUGACAAAUUAUAGCACAUAUACUUAGGGAGAGAUACAAUAAGUAGGUUUAUAACAGAUUGUAUUUCUCACAACCUAUAUUUAUUCCUCAAAGAUUGAGAUCAAAGACACAACCCUGCAAAGUUUUUUGGCACUGCUGGAGUACCUCUACACUGACCACGCCCCAAUAGAGGAGGGAGAUUCAGUAGAAAUAAUGGUUUUAGCAGACAGAUUCUGUCUUCCAAGACUUGUGACAAUGUGCGAGUUGUACACAACCAAGAAAGUUGAUUCUUUGAUACAGAAAAGGGUGUCUGAUGGCACUAAAGAUGUCAUAAACCUCCUUCUCACAUCACAGGUAUGACCCAAAUUUGUUCAGGAGAAUACAAUGGCAGAAAUUAAUAGUUUUGUUGCCCCUAUGGUUAAUGAAUUUUAAUUUACUAGAUGAUUCAAGUAAAAGAAGUAGAAUUUAGCUAUGGCAUAUCUAGGAGAGUGGUUCUUCAUGCAGAGAAUUUGGAAUUAUUAAGAAAAUGUUUUUUGGAGGAUGGCAAGAACCAACAAUUUACUUGACCCAGAUAUAAUACCAAAUUCUCAUAACUUAUCUAUGUAGAACAUUGGUAUUUACACAUUAUCUAACAGAAAUUAUUCAUAAUUAUUUGCCAGGCGUACAAUGCUAAACAGUUGGCUGACUGGUGUCUUCAUUUCAUUUCAACCAACUUCUCAGUCUUUGAAUCCACUGAAGAGUUUGAGCUUCUUCAAGGGGAUAACAGGAAACAUGUGAUUCAACAUAGAUGGCCUCCUCUGUCCUAUUUACAAGCACUAGAAGAAUUUGAACAAAGAGCCCCGCAAUCUAAGCUUACUUCCAAGUGUAAAAUGAUGUGAAACAUAUGCUACC